GCGGGCCGCGGCGGCAUGCGGCUCCCCGUCCGGCUCGGCCCGCUCCGCAGCACGCCCCUGGCUGCCCGGCCGCCGGGGAGGGGCAGGGCCAGGGCCAGGGCCGGCGGGCGGAGAGCCUUCAGCCGCGGGCGGCCCGGCGGCACCAUGGCUGAGGAGGCCAAGAGGCUGGCAGCCUGCGCGGCGGUGGACAAGCACGUCCAGAACAACCAAGUUCUUGGCAUCGGGAGUGGUUCUACAAUUGUCCACGCAGUGCAUCGAUUAGCUGAGCGGGUUAAACAAGAGAACCUGACAAUUGUCUGCAUCCCUACGUCUUUCCAGGCCCGUCAGCUGAUCCUGCAGAAUGGCUUAACACUAAGUGACCUGGACCGACAUCCAGAGCUUGAUGUUGCCAUUGAUGGAGCGGAUGAGGUGGACUCUGAUCUUAACCUGAUCAAAGGAGGAGGUGGUUGCUUGACACAGGAGAAGAUAGUUGCAGGAUAUGCAAAAUGCUUCAUUGUUAUUGCUGAUUACAGGAAAAAAUCAGAGAGCCUUGGGGAGCAGUGGAAGAAGGGAAUCCCUAUUGAAGUCAUCCCCAUGGCUUACGUCCCUGUCACCAGAGCGCUGACCAAAAACUUUGGAGGUGCUGCAGAGCUGCGGAUGGCUGUUAGCAAAGCAGGUCCCGUGGUGACAGACAAUGGGAACUUCAUCCUGGACUGGAAGUUUGACAAGGUUCAUGAGUGGAACAAAGUGAACACUGCCAUAAAAAUGAUACCAGGCGUGGUGGAGACGGGGCUGUUCAUCGACAUGGCGGAGGUGGUGUACUUCGGCAUGGAGGACGGCUCGGUCAGCGUGCGGGAGAAGCAGCCUCGCUGAUGGCGGCGGUUCGGCCCGCUCCGCUUUGCCUUCGGCCGGUUUGAUUCAGCUGUGGUAACGGUGCCAACCUGACGUUAUGCCUUAACGAGCAGCGGUUGUCGCAGGAGGUGGACGGGGAGUCGGUCAGAACCCGCUGAUGUGAUACUGAAUGUCUUUUUAAAAAAACAAAACAACAAAAAAAAAAGAGAUGCUCUAUUUCCAGAUAUAUAUAUAUAUUUUUACUUU